AUGGUCAACUCCUGUUGUGGCUCUGUCUGCUCUGAGCAGGGCUGUGGCCAAGACCUCUGCCAGGAGGAGUCCUGCUGCCGCCCCAGCUGCUGCAUCUCCAGCUGCUGCCGCCCAACCUGUUGUAUCUCCAGCUGCUGCAGGCCCCAGUGCUGUCAGUCCUCCUGCUGCCGCCCCACCUGCUGCAGAACCACCUGCUGCCGCCCCACUUGCUGCAUCUCCAGCUGCUGCAGGCCUCAGUGCUGCCAGUCUGUGUGCUGCCAGCCCACCUGCUGCCGCCCCAGCUGCUGCCGCCCCACUUGCUGCAUCUCCAGCUGCUGCCGCCCCAGCUGCUGCAGGCCCUCCUGCUGCAUCUCCAGCUGCUGCAGGCCCCAGUGCUGCCAGUCUGUGUGCUGCCAGCCCACCUGCUGCCGCCCCAGCUGCUGCCGCCCCACUUGCUGCAUCUCCAGCUGCUGCCGCCCCAGCUGCUGCAGACCCUCCUGCUGCAUCUCCAGCUGCUGCAGGCCCCAGUGCUGCCAGUCUGUGUGCUGCCAGCCCACCUGCUGCCGCCCCACCUGCUGCAUCUCCAGCUGCUGCCGCCCCACCUGCUGCCAGACCACCUGCUGCAGAACUCAGUGCUGCCGCCCCAGCUGCUGUGUGUCCACCUGCUGCCGCCCCUGCUGCUCUAGUGGUUCUUGCUGCUGA